GUGACCUGCAAUUGUCGUAAGUAAAGUGUAUAUAUAUAUAUUUAAAGGGAUGUAUCAGCUUAUAUCAGACUAUAUACAUGUAACCUGAGAUGCAUGGAGCCUGAAAUUGCAGAUGUUUCCCACAGCGCAAAGCUCAAAAGUAGCCGGGCGGACGCUUAGACGAUGUGCUUCAAGACGAUCUCAGUACUGGGCUGGGUGAACUUCGUAACAGGCUUUGAUGCUGGAAUACCAGAUCACGCUGUCCCUGCUUUCGGCGAAUGUGUUGGUGGAACAUUGCCCACACGCUGUAGGGUUAGACAUUUGAAGCAUUUCAAUUGGAAGCUGUACUUGAAUGUUCUUUGUAGCGAAGUGCCUCGUUCGGUGGCAAGAGAUGCCAUACUGCAGGCCUUAGCGCACUUCGACGCCGAAAGCGCGCGCAGCUGCCCAGAGGGCUUUGCCGUGACCAUGUUGGCACUUUCUGCUUCAGGAGCUGUGGAGUUCGAUGAUCAGAUCAUAAGCUUCAAACCAGAUGGCAGCGCCAAUUUCCUUGUCCUCGCCUGGGAUUUGCAGACAGGAAAGCCUGUUCUGGAUCACUGGUCAACCAGCCUACCACCGCAGCUUGCACUUCCCCCGCCAUGGCCUGCUUUGUGGAAAUACCCUGGACCGCUUGGACGUAUCCGCCAGGCCCAGGACCUGAGCUCGUUGAUCGAAUUGGAUGCUUCAUCAUGUGACGAGCGAGCCUUGAAGAUGUUGGGCGCCUGCACAGAGAAGCUUUUGCUGCUUCGGCUACUCUGCAGCUCCUGCGAUCGGAGCGGCUUGCCGUGUUUGUUCGGACAGAAUUUGAUGAGUUACAUCACUUCAGAGCUCAAGGAGCUUCAAUCUCGCGCUUCACCACCCAAGUGUGGCCAUGCGGUGCUGGCAGCCCUGUUGGCGAUGAACGGAAAAUCUGGUGCUGUGGCUCCAGAGACAGACUCGCAGGUCUACCGACAACAUAGCACUGGACGCUUGAUACUGCACAGCAAGCUUAGUCGAGUUGCUGGAGAUGCAGACAAUUUGUUUGCAUUGAACAUUCCAAUGAUGAACCUGGCACCCUUUCCUUUCCACACGGCGAUGCUGCGCAGUGCACGCGGCUCGGUGCAAUCUCCGGACUAUUACCAGGAGGCUUUGAUGCUUGUGUCUCGAUCUCUCGAAAGACGAGGGAUUUGGCACAUCCUUGUGCCAGGAGACUUUUCUGCUGGCAAGCAGCAAAGCUUGAGCCGCCAAUCCAUCAUGCUGAGCGUGUCAUUCUACACACAGAACCUUACUUUUCUGGAAGAAGAGCUUGGGCAUAGAUUGCAUGGGAUUUGGCGAUUGGUGCACGUCUCGCCAGGUCUAUUGCAAAUUGGGGAGGAGCCCUUCCGCUUCAGCCCUCGUUCUGGCGUUCAUUUCCGAACAUUUUGCAACUCUUGUGUUUACUUCUCGCUCUACUUCUACGUUUGGGAAGAAGAAUAUAUCUUUCCUUUGGCGCCCUGGGUUCCUUGCCGGAUACCUUCGCGGCGAGUCUUCCCACCACGUCACGACGUACUGCCUUUGGCUGCAGACUCUUUGUGGAUUCGCUUCACGCAACGUGCGGCGCUGCCACCACAGUCUGAUUGUGUUCUUCAACGUAGAAGGCUGACCAAAGAUGUGGCUGUUGCAGAGGAGCUGUCAUUCCAACAGUGGCCGUCUGAUUUGGAUCCAGCAUUUGAUAUCUCAGACGGUCUUCAUGACAACAUGGGCCUUUAUGACUUGAUGCGGCGGCGUGAGGACAGUGAGGAACCCGGGCUACAUCGAUUCUCUGACAAGAUUCAGUUCAAGUCUUGGAUGAUGAAGGAGUCGUUCCCCAUUGCAAAGAUCUACCAUAUGUCAAGCACUUCACCAGAAGUGCUGACGGUGCUGCAUAACCUUUCUCUCUCUCGCUUUGUUGCUAAGCCAACCCAUUUGGCAGCGACAAGCUAUGUGUACGCAAUGAAGAACGGGAUCAAUAUUGUCAAUGGCAAUCGGGUUUCGCUUCAUGAGAUCGAGAUGGGAUUGAAGGAAGCGUGGAAUGACAGGCAUUUGGAUGAUUGGGCCACAGAAUCCACCACUCCAGGCAUCAUUGUUGAGGAAUUGGUCGAAGCCGAAAGCCGAGCCUUUGGAGCUCCUGAUGAGUUGCCCGGAGCUCGUCACUGCCUGGAAAGCGUGGAGCAUGAGAAACUAGUUUGCUUAAGGAAGUGCCAAACGUUUUGGGGCACACUCUUUUUUUGUGAAUGGACCUUCGUCCAGAACAUGACAUCUGGCACAACUGGCUCAGCCCGCUUUGAAGAUGCCAAUCAACAGGGCGACCGAGCUCAAGCAGCAAUGGGGCACAAGGCAUGUGGGAUUCCAAACUUUGCAUCCAGGGGCUACAUUUUCCGGGAUGGCAGCUGCAUGGAUUGCACCGAAGCGCUUCCCUUGACAGCUCAGGUUUGGCGCCAGCUUGUGCAGACAGUUGAGAAGAUUGCGAAGGGUACAGACCAUAUUCGAAUCGACCUUUUUGUCGCAGGUGGAAACAUUCUUGUCAAUGAAGCCAAUAUCAGCUUUCUGAAAAUAUCAAAGUUCCCAGCGGAACUGAUUGAGGAGAUGCGGCGACGCUGGCUUGAAGGCUACCACUUUUGGCAUCCAAAACAAGCUGAAGCGGACCAAGUUUCAGUUCUUUAUUUGGGAUUGGCCUGGCGCUUUCAAUCAAGCAUCAUGCAAAAUCCCUUGAAAGACGUCGUGAGAAGGAGUCCUUUCCAGGUACGUGGCCAACACAUGCCGCAGCUUCCCGAAUGGCUUUUGUCCACAUCGGACUUGGGUACCUGUGGCCACGGCAUCGACUUUGUGGCUGGCGUGCAUUUGCGCCAUGGCACUGGCCGCUAA